CAUUUUGACUAACACAUGCAGUCAUUCUGCCUAAAGAUGUGUAAAACCUUCCUCACUUUGUUAUCUCCUGUAGUCAUGCAGUGAUGUUGUGUAUGUAACUGACGUAUUUUUUUCGGAAUGCAUCUGACCUUUGUGUUGUGUUUUUUGUUUUUUUUUACAGCCACAGAACGAGCACAUUGAGCUACAUUGUAAGCGUCACGGUUACUGGCUCGACCACCAUGAGAGGAAAAGGAAAAAGGAGAGCCAUGAGGCGCACGAGCGCUCACACAAAGCCAAGAAGCUCAUCGGUCUGAAAGCCAAACUGUACCACAAACAGAGGCAUGCCGAGAAGAUCCAGCUUCCUGCAUCUCUACUGUGGAGCACAGGAAAGUGGGAGGUCCCUCUUCCCAAAGUGUGUGGGGUGAGACGGAGGUUCUGAAGGUGAUUCGCACAGGAAAGCGACAAAAGAAAGCCUGGAAGCGAAUGGCGACCAAAGUGUGCUUUGUUGGAGAUGGUUUUAAACGCAAACCACCAAAAUAUGAACGCUUUAUCAGACCAAUGGGUCUAAGGUUUCAGAAGGCACAUGUAACCCACCCUGAGCUGAAGGCUACAUUCCACCUGCCCAUCCUGGGUGUGAAGAAGAACCCCCUCUCCUCUCCCCUCUACACCACACUUGGAGUCAUCCCCAAGGGAACAGUCAUCGAGGUCAACAUCAGUAAGCUUGGUCUGGUCACACAAGGUGGCAAAGUUAUUUGGGGUAAAUACGCACAGGUGACCAAUAACCCAGAAAACGACGGCUGCAUUAACGCUGUGCUGUUGGUGUGAUGGAAUUAAUGGACUGUGCCUGAAGGUGCAACUUCUUUUUCUCCCAAAUGCAGGAGCUUUAUCAUUGAUUCAUGUUGA